AUGGCUAUCUCAACGAUCAGCUCUGUGUUGGCGGCGGCAGGCUGGUCAAAGAAGACAGUCCGUCGUAUGGCCCAGGAACGGAAUGCGGACCUCUGCGACUUUAUCUGCACCAGGUCUCAGCGUUUUUGUUAUUUCGAAUCAUUUUCGUCGACGAAUCCGGAUGUGACAGACGCGCCAGACUCAGAAGAACUGGGUGGUCUCCGAGGGGUGUAA